AUUCUGCCUGUCCAAACCACAACUGUAAAAAUGGCAACGCCCACGUUCUAUCGUCGUCACCAUCAUCAUUCCAGGUCUAGAUUCAGCAAACAACGGCUCAAACCCCAAGCACCAUCACAUUCACUCCAGUUCAUGAUAACACCGAUCCAAACCCACCAUCAAAACCUCCUCCAACCAUGCAAAUUCUUCCCACCCUUUCUGGGCUUUCUCAAUCUCUACCCCUUUUCCCACUUCUUCUGCUUCUUUGCUCCAUUACUGCAUCUGGGUUCGGAUCAAUGGGACCCAUCUCCGCCUCAUUCGGCGACGGUGGUUUCUUUUGCGCCAUUGACGCCAGCGGCAAGCAGAACGUUAUUUGUUGGGGAAAGAACGGUUCUUUUUCAUCACCAUCAUCGUCUUCAACCUCUCCCUACUUCAACAGUAUUCCCGCAAUGGCAGCUCUGUCCGGUGGUGAAGGUUAUCUAUGUGGCAUUUUAGCUAACACUUCCCAAGUGUAUUGUUGGAGCCCAACCAGUUCAGGUAUAGAUCUCGUACCUGCGGUAUAUCGAACCACUGCUUAUUCGCAUAUAGCCGCGGGCAAGAAUCAUGUUUGUGCUAUUAGGGGCUCUUAUUACUCUGUUCACGAUUCGGGUACAGUUGACUGUUGGGAAAUUGCGAAAAACACCAAUAAUAGUUUGACUUCUAAACAGAGUACCCUGUUCUACGACCAGUCUAUUAGCAGCCUUGUUUUUAACAAAGUUGUUUCCGGUGAAGGAUUCAGUUGCGGUGGGGUUAGAGAAGGAGGGAUUGUUUGUUGGGGGCCAAACUCAGCAAGUGUGGGCAUUUCUGGUGUAUCGGAGAAUUUCCUACUCUUAGCUUCAGGGAGACGUUCUCUUUGUGGGAUUUUGGAAAUGUCUAAUGAGGUGAAAUGUUGGGCUGAUAAUGAUUCACAUGUUUCUCCUCCCGUCGGGAUCCAGUUUGUGUCUUUGACUGCUGGUGCUAACCAUUUUUGCGGUAUUCGUGGUGACAAUCAUGGGGUGGAGUGUUGGGGAAUCUUUAAUUCGUCUUCGGUGCCAAAGGGUUCUGGGUUUAUGACAAUAGCUUCGUCUGAUUUCCUUACUUGUGGUAUUAGAGAGGAUGAUUUGGUUCUUGAUUGCUGGUUUGUUAAUUCCCCCUCGCCCCUUGAUCACGAUCCUCCAUUGGAAUUGUGCAGUCCAGGUAUUUGUACUCCCGGUCCUUGUAGUGAAGGGCAAUUUGCUUACAAUGCAAGCGUUCUUAAUGAGCUCGACUUGACAAGCUUAUGUGUUCGGAAAGAUCUAAUGAUUUGUUCACCUUGUGCAUCGAAUUGUUCUGAGGGUUUCUUCUUGUCUAGUUCAUGUACUGAGAAUGCUGACAGAGUAUGUGCUGCUUGCUCUCUUUGCCAGAAUAGCUCUUGUUGGGAUAUUUGCCAACUUCAAUCAUCUCGUGAGAUGCAGCAAAAAGGUUGGCAUCACUUGCGUAAAUUAGUGCUCAUCAUUGGGUCUUCUGUUUCAGGUUUGUUAUUCAUAUCAGUUGGCUUGUGCCUUCUUCCCUGUGUGAUUGCCACCCGGAAAGAAGAGGGAACAAAACGACAGUUUAAAUCUUGCAUGGGCAAACCCGAAUUCGAAACUGACGCUAUUGAUGAUUCGCAGCCUCUUCCUGUGGUUCCCUGUCCAGGGAUGGCUCAAGUUUUCCGGCUCUCAGAGCUAAAAGAUGCAACUAAUGGGUUCAAGGAGUUUAAUGAGCUAGGCAGGGGAAGUUAUGGUUUUGUUUAUAAAGCUGUUCUAGCAGAUGGGCGUCAAGUUGCGGUCAAGAGGGCAAAUGCUGCCACAAUAAUUCACUCAAACAACCGUGACUUUGACAUGGAGCUGGAAAUACUUUGCAAAAUCCGGCAUUGUAAUAUUGUGAACUUGUUAGGUUAUUGUUCAGAGAUGGGAGAGAGGCUGCUCGUAUACGAGUAUAUGCCACAUGGGACACUUCAUGACCAUCUCCAUGGUGGGCUCUCUCCUCUGAAUUGGAGUCUCCGUUUGAAGAUUUUAAUGCAAGCUGCAAAGGGACUUGAGUACCUGCACAAGGAACUUGUGCCUCCAAAUGCCCACCGGGAUGUCAAGACUUCAAACAUUCUUUUAGAUUCCGAAUGGGGGGCGAGGAUUUCGGACUUUGGGCUUAUUACCUCAAAUGAUAAGGAUCUCAGUGGAGAUUUAGGAAGUGAUGUUUACAACUUUGGGAUUGUACUGCUAGAAGUUCUCAGCGGAAGGAAAGCAUAUGACAGGGACUGCACACCUCCAAGUAUAGUUGAGUGGGCUGUGCCCUUAAUUAGACAGGGCAAAGCAGCUGCCAUAUUUGAUCGGUAUGUGACGCUUCCAAGAAAUAUUGAGUCUCUGCUUAAACUCGCUGACAUGGCUGAGCUCGCUGUGAGGGAAAAUCCUAGUGAGCGUCCUUCCAUGUCAGAUUUGGCAUCUUGGCUGGAGCAAAUUGUCAAAGAUGGAUUGACCUUGUAGUACUGAGUCCUUCAAGUUUUGCACAAACUAGAAUUGAUCUCUAUGUAUGUGACUUCAGCUUCAGUGAGUACUGCUCUUAUGCAAUUGUACAUUUCUUAAGAGCUUCUUUUACAUGGGGUUGCUCCCACUUUAGUCUUU